AUGGGUGACUGGAGUUUCUUGGGUAACAUUUUAGAGGAAGUAAACGAACACUCGACGGUGAUCGGGAGGGUGUGGCUCACAGUGCUCUUCAUCUUCCGCAUCCUCAUCCUUGGCACCGCGGCAGAAUUCGUGUGGGGUGACGAGCAAUCGGAUUACGUGUGCAACACGCAGCAGCCUGGUUGCGAGAACGUGUGCUACGACGAGGCCUUCCCCAUCUCGCACAUUAGGUUAUGGGUCCUUCAGAUCAUUUUUGUUUCCACGCCAUCUCUGGUGUAUGUGGGCCACGCGGUUCACCACGUCCACAUGGAGGAGAAGCGUAAAGAACGGGAGGAGGCCGAACUGAAUCGUCAGCAGGAGAUGAACGAGGAGAGGCUUCCGUUGGCGCCGGACCAAGGCAGCGUGCGUACCACCAAGGAGACGAGCACUAAGGGCAGUAAGAAGUUUCGUCUGGAGGGUACCCUCCUGAGGACCUACAUCUGCCACAUCAUCUUUAAGACCCUCUUCGAGGUGGGUUUUGUGGUGGGCCAGUAUUUCCUCUACGGCUUCCGUAUCCUGCCCCUUUACAAGUGCAGCCGUUGGCCCUGCCCCAACAUAGUGGACUGUUUCGUGUCUCGGCCCACCGAGAAAACAGUUUUCAUCAUCUUCAUGCUGGCCGUGGCCUGCGUCUCGCUCUUCCUCAACUUUGUGGAGAUCAGCCACCUGGGCCUGAAGAAAAUCCACUUCGCCUUCCGCAAGCCAGCCCAGCCUCAGGUUGAGGCGCCGAGUUCAGCCGGGAAAAGCUUGCCUUCCAUGGCCGUGUCCUCGAUCCAGAAAGCCAAGGGCUACAAGCUUCUGGAGGAGGACAAGGCCUCCUCGCACUUCUUCCCCAUGACUGAGGUGGGCAUGGAGGCCGGCCGACUGCCCACGCCCUACCAACCGUUCGAAGAGAAAGGCAGCGAGGCGGCGCCGCCGGCGGCGGCUUCGCACGUGACCGUGGAAGACGUCUCCACGGUGUACGACGAGACUCUGCCCUCGUACGCCCAGACCAGCCUGGAGACGGCGGCGACGGUGAGCGUGCUGCCGGAGGAGCCCCAGCCGGAGAAAGAAGAGGAGGACGAGGAGGUGGUGGAGGAGGUGGUGCAGGAGGUGGCGGAGGAGGUGGCGACAUCUCCGGUGGAGCCGGAGCCGGAGCCCGAGCCGGAGCCGGAGGCGGAGGUGGAAGCGGAAGCCCCCGAGACGAUAGAAGACACAAGACCGCUUAGCAGCCUCAGCAAGGCCAGCAGCAGGGCGAGGUCAGAUGACUUGACAGUAUGA